UUGCUGACUUGCCUGGGUUGUAUUAUUGUGGUGUCUGUGGCUAUUUUCCAGGGUCUGUGGGUACUUUUCCUUAUUACUAUAAAAGGAGCAUUUCCGUCGGUAAUGACAUUUAUCUGUGCCUAAUCUAUUUAUUGUGAAUAUUCGAAAGUGACAUAUAACUGAACCGAUCCAUAAACACAAGUCCAUUUUCCUCAUCUCGAGCCUGCACCAAGAGCCUCGCAUUAUCACAUGAUGGAGCUUGACGUUGGUGAUCUUUUUGGUGACCGAGAGGCUGCCAGUGUUGGGGGCUCAGAUGGAGAGAGUGACAGGGGGAGUGAUGCUGAGGAGCAGCAGCGCAAUGUAUGGGGGGACGACACUGAGGGGCAAGGGGCAGCAGGAGAAGAAGAAGCAACAGAGGCUCCUGCACCCCAGCCUAUUAAGGCCAAGAAAGUGGUGGCCAAUCCACAACCAAAACUAGAUGCACAUAGGCUGGCAGGACCAAGGGGGAUGUUUGCUCUCAAUAAAAUCUGCCGAAACUUCAAGUUCAAGGGUAAAGGUCAUGAGCGUGAGGACCUACAGGAGCUGCUGAGGGUACUGGAGCACUGGGCCCACCGCCUAUACCCCAAGCUGCCUUUCAAAGACACCCUUGAACAGAUUGAGAAGCUUGGCACUAAGAAGAAUGUCCAGGUUAACAUCAAGAAGCUGAGACUGGACAUGUUCAUAGAGGGAGAAGAGGAGGGUGAGGAGGAUAAUGUAAGACGAGGUCCAGAUGAGGACAGCUCAGAGACCACUCCAGUUGUUGAUGUGUUUGAUGAACUGCUGGGCAUCACACCUUCAGCCCAGCCUGCUACCACCACCACCACCACUACCAUGACAUCCCCUGUACAGACAGUCUUGCCUCCUGCCUCCCAGCCACCAAAGCCUGCCACAUUGACUCAAGAGCAGCGUGAGAGGAUGGAGAGGAACAAGAAGCUGGCUAUUGAGAGGCGUCUUGCCAGACUCCAGCAGCAGCAACAACAAGAUCAAGAUAAAGAAGAAAGCUCCAUGCUGCAGGAGAUGACCAGUUCCCAAGAAUUUGAUUAUUUUGAUAAGUUGCCAGGGACAGGAAGAUCUCUUGGUACCUCAGAGGACAGGAGAGAAAAACCCAGUGACACAGAAGAACUUAUGGAUGGUGCUGCAGACAAGAUGGAAAGCUCACAAGGGAGAAGAGAGACACAAGAAACACAAAAUGAAGCAGAACUUAUGGAUGGUGUUGCAGACAAGAUAGAAGACCCACAGGAGAGAAGAGAGAGACAAGAAACACUAAACAAAACAGAAGAACUUAUGGAUGGUGCUACAGACAAGAUGGAAGACCCACAGAAGAGAAGAGAGACACAAGAAACACUAAAUGAAGCAGAAGAACUUAUGGAUGGUGCUACAGACAAGAUGGAAGAUCCUAAGGAGAGAAGAGAGACACAAGAAACACUAAAUGAAGCAGAACUUAUGGAUGGUGCUACAGACAAGAUGGAAGACCCUAAGGAGAGAAGAGAGACACAAGAAACACUAAAUGAAGCAGAACUUAUGGAUGGUGCUACAGACAAGAUGGAAGACCCACAAGAAAGAAGCAAGACGCAAGAAACAUUAGAUGACACAGAAUUUAUGGAUGGUGUUGGGGAGAAGUCAGAAAGCCCAAAUGACAGAAGACAUGAACAAGAGGGACUCAUUGAUACAGAAGAACCAAUGGAUGUUAUUCUGAACAAGUUUGAAGACUCAAAGGAGAGAAGUGAGGCACAAAGACAAGAAGAUACAGAAAAUAUGGAUGGCAUUACAGACAAGUUGAAAGACCUAGAGGAGAGGAGAAAGACGCAAGGAGGAUCACAUGACACAGGAGAAAUGGAUGUUAUUUUAGACAAGCUUCAAAGUUAAGACAUGGCUAAUAUUCAGGAGAGGAGAGAGGUACCAGGUAAUAAGGAAUGGUGUUUGUUGGGGUUUCUCAGCAAGAUAGCAGCAGAGGUAAAGUGAUAAAGUAACCUGCACUCAUUUCCAGUGUGAUCUAAGUUCUGUUGUUUGCUGACACUUCACAAAAACUGUUGGUUUAUAAUUAUUAGCUUACAAAUUUAAGAAUGAGAGAAAACUUGAUAAACAGAAGUGAUUGGUUAUCAGGACUCUCUCAUAACUGCCCAGUUUCAGACCAAGUGUCUUGCAAAGUUUACUUUGAGACAGAGCAACAGACUUUGAGGUCCUUACCAGGUUAUUUGUAUUAACUGCUAGUGGAAGACAGAAUGAUUUGUGAUGUAUGUAACUCUUUUACAUUGUCAUCCACUACACAAGUAGUGGAUGACAGGAUGAUUUGUGUGAGAUUCCCUGUUUUUUUUUUUUCCCAGAACUGUGAACUUCAUUUACUUUUCAUACUUUAAAAACCAGUGGGAUGAAACUUCACAUUUAUCUCAUUAUGAGCCGAGCUAGUAUAGUUUAUUAGUUAUUAUUGUGUACACAGUCAUUUAUUAUGUCAUCAGAAUGGCUGCACUUGCUAUCCCCACAGGAUGGUCAAAUAUGGCAAGGUGAAUGAAUGGUUACCUGCUGGUACACAGGGUUUUCCUGCCACAAGUUUACAUUUAUAAUGGUCCAUCCAAGCCACUUUUGUCUUCAUACACUCAUGUUGUAUCACAUCACAUACCUUCAUUAAUCACUGCUUCCAUGCUUUUCGAUUACAGUAACACUCUUGAUGCUCAUGGCAGAGCAGAGUGUGAAUAACUGAAGAGGAAUAAUUGGUGAGGAUAGAUUUUAUGAGAGGUGUAGGGCUUGUGUUGAAGGCCUUGCUAGGAACAGCUCUUGCCCAGCACAGGUGUCUAUCACUCACCACAUUUUUCCCCCCACACUGCCAUAUUUUUCCUUUAUUUUCCUUAUAUUCUUCCCUUUCACAUUGCAUCUACUGGUACAUACUUAUCCUAGUGUGUUCCCAACCCUACUUGCACUGAUUUCCAGUCAUACACACUCUCUCUCUCUCUCUCUCUCUCUCUCUCUCUCUCUCUCUCUCUCUCUCUCUCUCUCUCUCUCUCUCUCUCUCUCUCUUGACCCUCUUGCCUCAUGUUAAUCCAUCAGCUGUCCCAUACAAAGUGUAAGGUCUUCGAAUUUGGUAAGACCAGAAAGCAGGAAGUUGAUAUAAUUUUUACUCCAGCAGAUUUAGUAUAAAAUACUAAGUAUUCUAUUACUGUAAUGAGUGCCUUAUAUUUCAACAUUUGGAAGGAAUAAAAGUAAUUUUUC